AUGGCUGCUCGAGACGAUGCUUCUUCUUCUUCUUCUUCUUCUUCUUCUUCUUCUUCUUCUUCUUCACGCCUAAAUGGAGCCUCGGAGAACCCUCGCGCUCCAGUGCAACAGCGGCUACACGAUGGCUUUCGUACAGACCGUCGGUAUCUGUCCCAAAUGGUGCUGGAGGCCCAAAACGAGCGCUGGGCUAGAGUAGACGCUGUGUUGGAGCUCAAGCAAGAUUUAGACGCGUCUUCAGCGAGAAUCGCCGCUCAGAGCGCGACAAUCCAAGCCCAGCAACAAGCGGAGAAGACUCACCAAGCUCGAACGCACCAGAGUCUGCUGGACCAGGGCAAGAAUCCGUACGAGGUGGCGAGACGCAACGUGGUGCAGCGAGAGGCUCGCAAGGAGCGGGCCAAGAUCGAGCGCAACAUCCAAGACCGCGAGACGAAGCUGCUGGGGAGACUGGAGAAUGAGAAGGUUCUCCAGCGACGCAAGGAGAAGAUCGAGGCCGAGAAUCGCGCGUAUGAACGCAAGUACCAGCGCGAAAUGGGGCGAGCGGCGCAGGAGGAGCGCAGGAACGCGUAUCUGCUGUCUCGGACUGGCAAAGAAGCGCUGGACCCGACGGGCAAACUCGUGCGGGUGUAUCCGUCCCAAGAGACGACGAUCAAGGACUACAGCUUCGGCCUCGGACGCAGCGCCGUACUGAGUCCCGAACACCGGCGACGCGUAGUUGCAAAGGUUUUAUCGAAACCUGCUCACGCUGGGACGGAGCCGACUUCCCUCCUGCUGCCACGAAGGAGAACGCGCCACACGCAGCAAGACGUGUUGGAGGAGCGACAACUGGCAAAGGCCCGACAACGACAGAAAGACGCGAGAUUCGCGCAGCCUCAAGUCGUCUGGGGCAAGGCGUUUACGGGGAACGCGUUCCUCGCCAACCCUUCGACGCUCUGGUUCAAGGACUUUGACGUGGGUCACCCGCUGACGCUCAGCUUCACGCUCACGAACAUCUCCAACACGUUCAACCAGUUCCGACUAUUGGCCAUGGACGACGAAGUGCUCGAGCUCUUUGACAUUGUGUACGAGAAGCCAGGACGCAUGUCCGCGGGCAUGAGCUGCUCCCUGCGUAUGACGUUCACGGGGGUGGAGGGAAGAGAUUUAGACUCAACUCUCUCGGUCGCAGCCCCCACAGGGGUCUUCCAGAUCCCAGUACGCUGUACGUGUAAGAAAGCCGUCCCAGUGCUAAACCAGAGAGAGGUUCGCUUCCCCGAAGUGGUCGCGGGUGAGCGAGCUACAGUCUCCUUGACGCUGGCGAAUGAUGGCGCUCUCCCGCUGGAAUUCCGAGUGCGCCGUGUUCCACCCGCUUCAACCGACACUCCACGUCGAAUAACGCAAGUCGACGCGGUUGAGCCAGAACAACAAGAAGAAGAAGAAGACGAUAAUGACGUGAGGGACCCUCUGACUGCAGAAGAGCGCGAGCUGGUCGAGCGUGUUCGUGAGACGACAAGGUUCAAACCUGACGGGGCCGAGGAGCCCGUUCGUUUCACAAGACGCGGAGUUGUCGAGCCGUAUUCCAGCAGCUCCGUGUCCUUCACGUUCGCACCCGCAGUAGCAAUGAAGCUGGAGAGCGAGCAGUACGCCCUCGAGUUCCCAGCUGCUUCAUCUUCUGGACUUUCGUCCCCCGAUCUGCGCAAACUCGCCUCCAUCUGCGUCUCCGUCUCCGGCGUCGCCUCGGAAGUCCCAGUUUUCGUCGCCCAAUCCAAGCUGAACUUCCGCUGCUGCGCUUACGGGAAGCUGUACCGCCACCAGCUCGUCGUCUGCAACCGCGGCAAAGUCGCGCUCAAGAUUCAAGUCCAAGUCCCCAAGGUUCUGGCCAAGUACGUGGAGUUCAACCCCAGUUUCGGCUUCGUUCAGGCUGCAGUGGCGUCGCAGGAGGGGAAAUUCCCGGUACAAGUCAAGUUUCGACCCGAAGAGGGCAUGUGGAGGCGCAUUGAGCGCGCCGGACUGGGCUCAAAGGAUUUGGGGAUGCUGGCAGUCCCCAUUCAAGUCGUAGUGCCCGACCAAGUCGUUCCGGUCUUCUUCUUGCUGACUGCGAGACUCACCCCCACGACUCUGCAGCUAGACGUCAAGACUGAGAACUCUGAAGGUGGACUGCACUUUGGCUCGUGUUGCGUCGGACACAGCAUUAGCCACGAGCUGAUGAUCUCCAAUGCAGCGCGCGUGCCCCAGCGCAUUGGCGUCACCACGCUACCGAAAAAUGUGACUGUAACUGACGUCUCUGCGGGAGUGGGGGUUGUGCUGUUGCCUGGCGAGACUCGGACACUGCGAGUUGUGUACGAGCCGAGCUUUCCAGGUUCAAUGAAGGCUGCGGGCCACACGUCGCGAGCGAAGGCUGUGCUGACGCUGUGGUCCUCCACGUUCAACCAAGAGUACACUCUUCCGUGCUCAGGGAGCGGCGUGGCUAGCGAUCUGGUGUUCUCUCACUCGGCUAUUCGGCUCGGCGCUACGUCCCUGGGGCAGACGCAGACCUGCAAUGUCAAGCUGACCAACCAAUCCGACCACCACACGCGCCUCGUAGAGCUGCGACUGCCGCCUGAAGCGACUCCUUUCCUGCGAAUUACCCCGUUGGUGGCGUGUCUGGCACCACGUGAGACUGUGCGCUUGGAGAUCGACUUCGAGCCGACGGAGGACAUCUUCAAGCUUGAUAAAGCGCCGGCAACACCGACACCUGAUGAUACCAUUGGGCCUCGAAGCUGUCACCACACUUGGACUGUCCUGUGUUUUCAUCAGCUCGAGGCGACUGCAGACGCCAAACGAUCGACCAAAGCGGAGACACGAACACCAUUGCAAGCUCUCGAGGUGCGAACGACCGUGACUGAGCCGUUGUUGACCCCGUCCGACACGAUGUUGGACUUCGGGCAGGUGGCGAUUGGCCAAAUGCUGGUGCGAGAGCUCACGCUGGAGCUGGCAGCAAGAGCGACCGACGGUGUGUUGCUGCGCGCCCAACCGCUGCAUGUCCUGGGGGCAUUCCGAGUAAUUGGCGCCUUGCGUGAGGUGUCGUCUGCCCCCGGCAGUAGGAAGAAGCGUACUAUUCGAGUGGAGUUUGAGCCGCGGACGCCUUUGAUCUACGAGGACGAGCUGGAGCUGACAGCGCUGGGCGUGAAUAUCCGGGUUCGGCUGCGUGGAGAAGGCAUCAACCCCAGCUUAACCCUCACGCCUGCAGACGGGAGCUUGGACUUCCAGGACGUGCUGGCUCGAACCCGCAGCGUGCGUGACCUGGUGCUAGCGAACGGCAGCGCCUUCCCGUUGGCCUUUUCGAUCGAAGCGCUGGUUAAAGAGGACGGCGACUCGAUGACGACUUCCACGGGUUUACCGGUGUUCACGUUCUCUCCUACGAGCGCCAUUAUCCCCGAGAACGGUUCAAUCACGGUACACGUGGGGUUCCAGCCUGACCACCAGAGACCCGGCCACUACGCGAAGAAGUACCGGAUCAAGGUGCCGAACGAGAGCGAGCAGCACGUUGUGAGCGUAGCCGGUCGCUGCUGGGAGAACCAGUUCUACGUAUUCGCACCGACUGUAGACACUUCCCCACUUCCAAGUGACCUUGAAGCUGAGAUAGCACCCAAGCGACCGCCGCUCUUGACGCCUCGUCCAGUGGAAGAUCUGUUUGACUUACCACCGAGCGUUCCACUGAGCCUGCUUCCUCACACCAUUGGAGUGGGGGAAUUGUCAGCCACAGGACUCCGCAAACCCGUAUCCUCCUUCAUCCUCACCUUCGCUGAGGACAAUGUCGACGGUGAUAGUGGCGAUGCUGGACGGUUCACCAAGACUCUGUUCAUUGGCAGCACUACACCAAGCAGCGGCAUCUACGGUGGACUGGAUGAAGUGCCUUCAGGAUCGACUGCUGCUAACGCUAAUGCUGGCGGCUCUGCUGGCUCCUUUGAGCUCGCGGUGGACGUUGCCUCGCCCCAUGCCAAGCUGUUCACGCUCGAGCCAGCGCGUGGAGCCAUCGCCCCUGGCCAACAACUCGCAGUUCAACGUCGGCCGGAGCUGGAGGUGGUGCAGUGGGUGCAGGUGCGAGUGCAGUGCACGCUCAAGGGCGGAAGCCUCUGGCGGACAUUGCCACAAGCAGGAGGGGCUCCAGCACAAUUAUCCGUGGCGGCAUCUGGGACGGCAGCAGCUGCAGCCGGUCACCAGAAAGGAGCUGCGGCACAUACGGGAGUCCCACCAGCUUCUGAUGGAGCGGAUACGCGCAUUGUCACAGUGAUUUUGAGAGCUCGGCUAGAAACAUAG